CAUCCACCCUGUAUGUGACUCAGCAGUUUGCGCAGGGGGGAGGAAACACACCCCCGUCCAUGCCUACCGGACCAAUACCAACCGGCGGUAUCGGAUACUGUGUGUACAAGAACAAGAUGUACCGCCAGUCCGAGAGGUGGGUUGACGGCUGUGACUACAACUGCAUCUGCGAGGACGCCUCCACGGGCUUCUGGCGCUGCGCCGACAUGUGUCUCAAAUACCCGCCAAUGAACCAGUACUGUCAGCUGAUAGCCGACCCGGACUCGCCAUGCUGCAAAAAGCCCUUCUGUCAAAUCCCCGGUGUUCUCGGAGGUCUUGUGGGCCUGGGGUCCACACCUAUACCUGUGGUCACAACGAUGCCAUCCGUCUCUUUCACCCCUACAGAGUCACCCAAGCCCGCCACUUGUGUGUACAAGGGCACUCAGUACGCUCAGGGCCAGCAGUGGUUUGACGGUUGCGACUCCAAGUGUGUCUGUUAUGACGCGUCCUCCAACCUUUACACCUGCAGCCAGAGGUGUUCUACAUACUACGGAAUUGACACCAGCCGCUGCACCAUGAAGCCUGACCCCUCCGACCCCGCCUGCUGCACCAUCCCGGUGUGCACGCCGAUAACUGCGACCCCACCCACAGGUCCCACACCCGUACCCUCCGUCCCCGGUGGAAGUUUCGUGGUCACCAACGUGCCUGGGAUAGGCUACUGUGACUACAAGGGCACUCGCUACUCCCAAGGACAAGUGUGGCAGGACGGGUGCGACUACAAGUGUGACUGUGUCGAUGCCAGCGAAGGACAGUACCAGUGUAACGAGAUCUGCCCACGUUUUCCCGAACUCCCACCUGAGUGUCGACUGCUUCCGGACUUUGCCGAGCCCUGCUGCAAAAAGCCGACCUGCAACUUUGAGGGCAUCGCCAGCGGCAUCAACGGCCAGGCCAACCUGAACACCCCCGCCCCCUGUCCUCACCCCGAGAGUUUUUCCCUUCACUGGGACCUUUAGGAAAAAAGUAUCAGCGUCCCGGAGAGCUAGUUGAGGGCGAGUAGCGCUUCGUGCAUACGGAAUCCGGAGAGACCGUAAUCGGGAGUAGAUCCCGACUAGCU